CGCACGUGCACGUCGUGGGGGGGACGCGCGCGGGUUCCACAGCGCGGCGGCAGGGGCAGUGCGCCUGUGCAGCCUCGGCAUCCCGAUGGAGCACGGCGUCUGCUGCGCGGCGGCAGCCGGGACGGAGGGGGCUACGCGGGCCCCUCCGCUUCCUGGGAAGAUGGCCGAACCGGGCGCGGUGAGGACCUCACCGCCCAACCACCGGCCUUCAGCCAUGGAAGGAUUUUUAAAAUCCGAUGAGAGACAACGACUAGCUAAAGAAAGACGGGAAGAAAGAGAAAAAUGUCUUGCUGCCCGGGAGCAGCAAAUCCUGGAAAAACAGAAGAGAGCCAAGCUCCAGUAUGAAAAGCAAAUUGAGGAGCGAUGGAAGAAGCUGGAAGAGCAGCGGCAGCGAGAGGAGCAGAAGAGGGCAGCUGUGGAGGAGAAGAGGAAGCAGAAGCUCCGGGAGGAGGAAGAGCGGCUGGAGGCGAUGAUGCGCAGGUCUCUGGAGCGCUCGCAGCAGCUGGAGCUGAAGAAGAAGUGCUCGUCGGGAGGAGCAUCACUGGCUGCCGGGCCCGGAGGACGUGAUGGUGAAUCAGGAAAUACCCCACCCCCUCCUCUAGGUUUAGCAGCCAGCACCCUCCCUCUGGACCCAGGGACCACUGCCGCCGCUGCUGAGUCAACCAACGCAUGUGACAAACUUUCAACAUCAACCAUGAAUUUGCCAAAGCAGACGGAGCCUCCCAUGAGUAAGCGCCUGUCUUCAUCCACUGCGGCAAUAUCCUAUUCCCCAGACCGAGCUCAUGGCAUGCACCUUAGUCCCAUGGAAACAUUUCUUGUUAUGCGACUGUUGACACCCACACAGGCUUCUUUAGCCAGAAGCAGAAGUACACUCAUGCUCUCUGAGCAGGCCAGUGACUCAGCUCCUGCUGGCUCCCUUAAAUCUUCCUACAAGUCUUCUCCCACUCGAAAUGUCGAGAGGAAGAAGAUCGCAUCUACAUCUGGUGGAGGAGAUGCUGGGAAAGGCGCCCCUGCCGGAGUGGAGGCCUCUCCAACAGAGAAGAUGAAGAGGGGGCCGAGAGCAACUGCUUCUGUACCCAGCGUGGGCCUCAUGUCUCCUCUGAGAAGCAUUUCUAAGAGGUCGUCUUCUCCUGUGACAUCUAAGGCAACUUCAAAAGCAUAUCCGCAGUCUCCAAAGAACACAAAGCCGCCAUACCCAGGGUCUCCGAUGAAGUACCGCCUCCCCAGCUUUUCUGGCCAGGAGACACCCAAGAAGAAAGCAGACAAAGAGAAGAGCAACAAGGAGAAGGAAGGUAUCCUGACUCAGGAGGCAGCCAGCUCACCCAAGGAGGAGGCCCCAGAGAAGCACGUGGCAGACAGGCAGGCCACUGAGAAGCAGGAGAAGCACGAGGCCAUGGCAGGGAAGGCCAAGGGCAGCAGAGCCUCAGGGAAGUCCACAGCGGGCACCACUGAUGCAGGAGAGGCCACAAAGAUCCUGUCUGAAAAGAGACGACAGGCCCGGCUGCAGAAGGAACAGGAGGAGCAGGAACGUCUGGAGAAGGAAAAACAAGACAAACUGGAGAGAGAGGAAUUGAAAAGAAAGGCAGAGGAAGAAAGACUUCGCCUAGAGGAAGCCCAUAAACAGGAAGAGGAAAAGAAGCAGCAAGAGGAGGAAGAGAAAAGGAAGGUGGCAGAGGAGGCAAAGCGGAAGGCCAAGGAGGCGCUGCUGUUGAAAGAAGAGCAAGAAAAGGAAAAACAAGAAAAAGAAAAGCAGGAAAAAGCCAUGAUUGUAAAGCAGAAGGAAGCAGCAGAAGCAAAGGCCCAGGAGGCAGCUAAACAAAUGCGUCUGAAAAGAGAACAGAUCAUGCUACAGAUGGAGCAGGAGCGGCUGGAGAGGAAGAAGAGAAUAGAUGAAAUUAUGAAGAGAACAAGAAAGAGUGAUGCGUCUUUGGAAGUGAAGAAAGACGACCCAAAAGUGGAGCUUCAGUCUGCUCUGUGUGUGGAAAAUAAGGCAGAACCCGUGGUCCCUAACAAAAUAGAAAUCAGUGUAUUGAAUACCUGCCAGGAAGUAAAUGUUGUGGAACAUGCUGCCCCAGAAACUUUCCCUCAAGAUGUUUUCACUGAUGAACUUAAACCAGUUGAGGGACUUGUUCAUCUGGAUGCCCUUGAUGGGAAAUCAAACAGUCUGGAUGAUUCAACUGAAGAAGUUCAGUCUAUGGAUAUGAGGUGGUGUUUGGAGAACCCGUGAAGCUGCUGGUAGUCAAAUCUGAGCUGCCGGCCCUCUGAAGAAACCUCAGUCGUCUUUAACUGCUGGAUUCUAAACUAUUAAAUUGAAAUGUAACUGCAUUCCUAAUUAGUAUGUCAAACGCUGGCCACUCUCGGUAGAAGCUUGAGACAGUGGCCUUUUCGGGCUUUAGCAGAGUUCCAUGUUACGGUUCUAUUUAUGAUCUUUAGCUGCUGAUAAAGCGCUUCCUGUACUCCUCUAUUAUCAUAGUGAUCUUCUGAAUAACCCGUGUGAUUUUGACUUGAAAAAUCACCUUAUAACCAUUCUUAUCGCCAAACUUGAAGCAUAUAAACAUUUAGAUGUCUUUUCUGGUAAAUAUUCUAGACAUUUACCCAGACUCUAUUUAAACAUAUAUUGAACUUGGGCUGCAUAUCUCCCUGGCUCUGUAGAAGGAGAACAAAUUCUGGAGGGUUUCCCUCAUCUCUGAGGUUUCUUUGCUGGAAGUUUCUAUCAAGAAGCCACAUUUAAUAUUAUUAAGCUUAGCCUCCUGCAAAAUGUGUUGCUUCUCAUUGCUCCUUGGGCGGCCAGCAGAGUGAGUCUGGCUGAGUUAAGGAAGCCAUUGAACAGCAUGGAAGACUGUCUGCUCUCUUAGGCAUAUUCCUCCAGACUUGGGCACCUGAAUCUUGCAAGGACCUUUUCAUGUUGCACCUUUAAAUCCUUCAAGCUAUAGUCACUCCAGACCUUCAGGUGGCUUCUGGAUUGAAUGAUUUGUGCAUCUCCUGCACAGGUGGUUGCUUUUCAUGUUGCUGUUUUCUUCUUGGCUCUUGGGCCUUUUGUUUAUUUGUUCAUCUCUAAUAAAACCAGGCACAAAUGAAAAGCAUAGUGCUCUGAGACAAGGGGCCCUGCACUGCCUCCAAAAUGGCACUAUAACAGACUUGAACAUAAAAACAUCUGGACAGGGGAAAAUGACGGUAGAAUGUAUGUAUACUCCACACGUUUUUUGCCAUAUAAUAGUAUGUUUUCUAUUGGAGAAGGAAAUGGCAACCCACUCUAGUAUUCUUGCCUGGAGAAUCCCAGGGACAGAGGAGCCUGGUGGGCUGCCAUCUAUGGGGUCGCACAGAGUCAGACACGACUGAAGCGACUUAGCAGCAACAGCAGCAGCAGUACGUUUUCUUCAUUUCUUGUGGUGAAAUGUGACUUUCAGAUUAAAGUAACCUUUUCUUCUUUGAAAACUUUUUUUUAUCUUGUACAAUAAAGAGUUUGGAAAGACCCAUAAUUCUGACUGAAGUUUGCAACCAGAAUGUACAAAGAAGUCUCAGUAGUAAUCUUGUUCAUGUGCUCUUAAAACCAGCUACAGUGUAAGACUAUUAGUUACGGAAAUGGUGUAUGUUUGUGUAUGGUGUAUAUACUAAAUAAAAUACAUGCCUCCAAUAAUACAGUGCCAUGGAUCUUGAUGACUAUCUGGGGAAAAUCCCUUUUAUGACAAGCACACAGAAAAUGGUAGCAUGGUCUGACUUUCAAAAAAUGUCUCACCAUCUUUUUUACAGCCCUGUUUUGCUAAAUGUCUGUUUUCUUGCAGUCUGUUAUACCUCACAGCACCAUUGUGAUUGUGGUGAUGCCUCAUUUGCAUGACGUGUACAUUGUGUUUACUGUGAAAUACAUUUUCAUUAAAGAGUCUUGAUGC